CAGGGCCUCAUCCAUCUCCUGCAGCUGGGGCAGGUCUGGAGGUACCUCCGCACGCUGUACCUGGGGCUGCAGAGCCGGUGGCAGGUUGAGCACCGCCGCCGCCACUUCUACUGGCGGAUGAUGUUCGAGAGCGCGGACAUCAGCAUGCUACGGCUGCUGGAAACCUUCCUGAAGAGCGCGCCCCAGCUCGUGCUGCAGCUCAGCAUCAUGGUACAGCAGAACACCAUCGAGCCGCUGCAGGGGCUCUCAGCCUCGGCCUCGCUGGUCUCCCUGGCGUGGAUGAUCGCCUCCUACCAGAAGGUGCUGCGGGACUCGCGGGAGGACAAGAUGCCCAUGUCCUACAAGGGGGCCGUGGUACAGAUCCUGUGGCACCUCUUCACCAUCGCCGCCCGCGCCAUCGCCUUCGCCCUCUUCGCCUCCGUGUUCCAGCUCUACUUCGGCAUCUUCAUCGUCACCCACUGGUGCAUCAUGACCUUCUGGAUCAUCCAGGGUGAGACGGACUUCUGCAUGUCCAAGUGGGAGGAGAUCAUCUACAACAUGGUGGUGGGCAUCAUCUACAUCUUCUGCUGGUUCAACGUCAAGGAGGGACGGAGCCGCUACCGCAUGUGCAUCUACUAUGUCAUCACGCUGUCGGAGAACGCCGCCCUCACCAUCCUCUGGUUCCUCUACUACGACCGCAAGACCACCUCCGACUUCGACGCCUUAAUCCUUGUCUGUGUGGUCAGCUCCAGCUUCGCCCUUGGCAUCUUCUUCAUGUUCAUCUACUACUGCCUCUUGCACCCAAACGGCCCCAUGUUCAGCCCCCGUGUUGGCGGUUGCAUUUUCCGGCAGCGGCCGGCCCCAGCGCCGGGGUCCCCCGCAGACGCCGUCACCAGCCCCCCCCGCUCGCUGCCGCGGACUACAGCGGGGGAGCGGGACGGGGCGCCGGGGGAGCGGGACAGCUGCGUGCCCGUCUUCCAGGUGAGACCCUCUGCCCCACCGGCGCCGGCCGCCCGCGCCCCGCGGACAGAGGGGCCCGUCAUCCGCAUUGACCUGCCCAGGAAGAAGUACCCGGCCUGGGACGCCCACUUCAUCGACCGGCGCCUGCGGAAGACCAUCCUGGCGCUGGAGUAUGCGUCGCCCACCACCCCGCGCCUGCAGUACCGCACGCCCGGUGCCCCCCAGGAGGUGCUGGAGUACGAGACCACCGUGUAG